CUUCUUGGACGCAGCAGUUUUCUCUCUCUUAAGAUCAAUAGUUCCCCUCUCCGGGAGUUUCCCGAUCAUCAGCCUUCUGUUUAGCAUCUUUGAAGCAUCAAUAACUAUGGCGCAAACGUCUUCAACCGGUGAAGCGGAUACUUUUGACUCAAUCUGCAUUACUGGGCUUCACGAACAUUCACAUGGUGGCCUAGCUUCCGGAUCGUUAGAGCACUUCGUGUCUCCUAUAUCUAUCGACCUAGGAGGACCGCACACUAUCUCUACUGCUCUGGCAUCCAAACUCCUCGAAAUCGGCCUCGACGAACUCGACGCCUUGGUAAAGAUUAAGAGACACAUUGUUCAUGUUGACUGGAGAUACGAAACUCCAAAUCCCAAAUUCACAACGAGGCACCUUGUCAUCGCAGGAUCAUCUCCCAUGAUCGCAUUCGCUGGCGGGACACAAUGGUUUGAGAACGUUGCCAGAACGUCAGUCUUUCGAGGUGAACAGGAGAGAAUGCCUAUUCCGGAUUAUCUACGGGAUCCAGCAUGGAUUACUUCUCUGACCUCACGGAAACCCUCCUUGAAUACCGGACCCCAACUUGGAAACCUCAGCGGCUUGCAAAACACAUGCCGGCAAGGGCCAAAUCGAUGGGCCAGAGCUCUUUCUCCCCCAGAACUUCCAGACACCUCUCGGACAGUAUCCCCGGACCCAGAAGAUGACCAGCUAUCCAACUGCUCAGACCCAGCUUCAACUGGGAGCGCAUUCUCUGAGGCUACAGCCCCCAGCAUCUACACCCCCGCGCCAUCUAGGCAGAACUCUUCCAGCCUAGCCGAUAUCAAUGGUGCCUGGAUGGACUGCCAGAUCCAACAGCAAUUCCAAAGCGAGGCCUUCCAACAGCAAAGAAAACAGGCAGAAGCCCUGUAUAUGCGCACCGGAGAUGUCAGUGGGCUCAUUGGCGUGAUCAAGACAGCGAGCCAGUUCUCACAGAGUGGUUCAUCCACUGGAGCUUUGGGGCCAUAAAACCACGCCCUCCUAAGUCACUUGACCUAUAUACCGAAUAAUACAGAUCAUUACAAGUGCAUCACCUCACCCUGACGUUUUGGCACACGUGAGGUGAUGCUAUGAUUCGGCGGCUUCAACGCAGUUGGACUACGGGGAUAUUGUCGCAGGGUCAUAGGCUUUCUUUAAUGCUACAGCUCUAUGUACUGUUUCCUUGGUUGCUCUUCUCAGUUUGUAGCCAGUCUUGCGCUUCGUUUCUGGUAUACAUGUAUUAUUUGCUUUCUUUUGCUUCAAA